GCUUAUCUAGACCAACCCUUUCUCUAAUUCAUUGCCUUCUUCUCCAUUUUGCCCCUAUCUAUCUUGUUCCUCCAUAUUUCCCCUCAUUGACCAUUCCACUUGGCUCUUCCUUUCCUCUUCCAAUGGAGUCCGCUGCUCUCAAGUCCUUCCACUAUUCCGUAGGUGCUGUUUCACAAAGGCCGAGUAAGUUUUGUAUGUCUUCUGGUUGCUGGUCAAAUUCAAGAAAAUCAUGUGCCCUAGGCUUGAUGGUUGGCGGGAAGAAUUCUUCUAGAAGACGAACUGUAACUUUAACAGCAUCUGCAAAGACACCUGAAGCUACAGUAACAGCCAAGCCAAAUGAUAGCACCUCCCAAGGCUCAUUGGAGAAGAAAUCUUCAAAGAAUGCAACUUUUCCAAAUGGAUUUGAGGCAUUGGUAAUGGAGGUAUGUGAUGAAACUGAGAUUGCGGAGCUGAAAAUGAAGAUUGGAGACUUUGAAAUGCAUCUGAAGCGGGAUGUUGGUGCCACAAAAGUUCCCUUGUCCAACAUUUCACCUACAACAGCCCCACCAAUCCCAUCUGAACCAAUGAAUGAAACAGCUGCUGCUACCCAACCUCCAUCACCACCGAAACCCUCCCCUGAGAAGCCUACUCCAUUUAAAAAUUUUGCCUUUGGGAAGUCAUCCAAGUUAGCUACCUUGGAAGCAUCUGGAUCUAGCAACUAUGUUCUAGUUCCUUCUCCCAUUGUUGGUACAUUCCGAAGAGGCAAAACAAUUAAGGGGAAAAGGCAACCUCCCAUCUGCAAGGAGGGUGAUUUGAUCAAAGAAGGACAACUGAUAGGAUUCUUGGAUCAAUUUGGUACCGAACUUCCUGUUAAGUCGGAUAUAGCUGGAGAAGUCUUAAAGAUCCUCUUCAAUGAUGGAGAUGCCGUAGGAUAUGGAGAUCCACUCAUUGCAGUCUUGCCAUCAUUUCAUGGCAUCAACUGAUCUCUCUCCUAUGGCAUUUUGGAAGAGAUUACGUCACAAAAUCUUCAGGGUAUGCGUUUCGUUUUCUUGCAUCAUUUUGUAGUGUCAUUUGUGCCAUCGUUUGAUUGAGUAACCUGGACACUUGUAAACAAUGUUGCCAGUGUGUUGAAUUCCAAGGAUACAAUACAAUAAAUGUGCAAGGAUAUCACAGAUUGAGAGUUUUACCAAGUGUAUCACCUAAAUUUUUUUGUGUAAUAAUUUUUUAGACUUUUUUUGAGUUUUGCAUAACUGCCUACCAGUUUACAUAAUGGCUACCUGCAUUAUUGGUACCUGUGACUGUGACCUGCACAUGCAAAACGUAUGGAACUGCCAUAAAUAAGACCAUCGAAUGCUUAGUUUGAAAUUUUUAUGGCAGCAGACAUUGAAACACUAAUGGAAACUAGUUCCACCAAGGCCAUGGUGUAACAGAUUGUGAGCAAUGUUAUCCCUAGCCAGCACGGCAUUCGAAAACCUCGAGUUAUUCCCAGUUAUCAUCGCAUCAUCAAAAAGCUCAAAUUGUAGUUCAGGGUCCAUCUCCUCAUUGUUCACCUCACAAAUGUUAUGCAGAACACAGCAAGCCCCAAUCACCAUUGGCAGCUCUUGAAGCUUUACCUCUGUUCUCUUCUGCAAGCAAGCCCACCGCCCUUUCAACCUAGCAAAUGCUUCCUUAGCAACGUUUUGAACCUCACUGAUUUUUUCAUUGAAACCAUGCUGAGCCCAAGUCAAAUUAUGGUGCCCGUAUGGAACCAAAAGCCAAUCCAUCAAAGGGUACCCAGGAUUCCCAACAAUCCAAACAUCCUUCAAGCUCCCUUUACUGGCCCUUUUGAACAAAGCAGACUUCUCCAGCACUUGAUCAUCAGGCAUUGAACCGGGCCAUCCGAUACAAACAUCUCUGAAAAUCCCCUCUCGAUCGACCACUCCUUGGACUGUAAUUGAGUAAGAUGUUUUCUGGUUCCUCUCUGUAUGUCUUCUAUUGAAAUAAGCUGCUACAUUGAACUUGGGUGCUAUAAUUGGCACAUGAGUUGUAUAUAACGAGCCCCCUAUAUUUGGAAUCCCCGAUAUCGACUCAAAUUCCUCCUUAAUUUCUUCCAUUUUCUUCUCAUCAGG